UUGGAUGGAAGGUGUUAGGGUACAACUAGUCCGAAAUAGGUUAAAUGACCUUGAGCCUCCACAACCACACAGUUGAAGAUACAACAAGCGAAAUUUCCGAAGCGAGGCGACCACGACCUUAGAAGAACUCCGCCCGAGACGACAAUCGACAAAUCGACCAACGGACUUUUCAACUCUCACAACACCUCUCGCGUUUUCCUCCCUCCCGCCGCUUGUUUAAUCACAUUUGCCCUCCAAAGGCAUUCAAAGGACAAUCGCAAUCAUGGGAGGUGUUACCGUUCGUGAUGUGGAUGCGCAAAAGUUCAUCGAGGCAUACUCCGCCUUCCUGAAGAGACAAGGCAAAUUGCCAAUUCCAGGUUGGGUCGACACCGUUAAGACAUCAAGAGGCAAUGAGCUCCCUCCUCAAUCCAUCGACUGGUACUACAUCCGCGCCGCCUCCAUUGCCCGACACAUUUACCUCCGCAAGACCGUCGGUGUUGGCCGUCUACGGAAAGUCCACGGAGGUUCGAAGAACCGCGGCUCCCGCCCAUCCCAUCAUGUCGAUGCCAGCGGCGCCGUUGACCGGAAAGUCAUCCAAUCCUUGGAGAAGAUUGGCGUGCUCGAACUCGAUGAGGAGAAGGGCGGACGGAGAAUUACCCAGAGCGGCCAGCGGGAUUUGGACCGUAUCGCCAAGACGACUGUCGAUGAGGAGGAGGAUGAAGAGUAGAUAACCUUUUGAUGGGUGUUAUGUAUGUGUGUGUGGCGAGCGAGGGGGAGGGGCGGCAGAGAUAUCCUGCGAGGGCCGACGGGGAUUCUUAGAUUUGGUUUCCGUCAUGCCUUCCCCGGAUUUUAUAGGGGCGCUGUGUUUUGGGAGAACGAGGGAAGCGUGAGAAUAAGGCAAGAGAACGGUAAAAGGAAGGAAAGACAGUGACGAAAUUCUGGACCACCCGCAUGAAUUCAGCGAUUUUUCUUCAGGCGUUCAUAAUGAAUUGGGGCGUGUGGGGACUUAUGUUGACGUGACAUGCAUGGCAAUAUAAAAGGGAAAAACAAUGAGCAGGUAGAAGGAGAGGGCAUAGUGGUUUCUUUUCCAGUUUUGUUUUAAUUUUUCUCCUUUUUCUUUUGAAUCGAAACUACGCACAUGCCUGAUAAGUCCUUCUGCUUUCUUUUAUUUCUAGUUACCUUCUCUUUCCUCCUUUUUACGCCUGUCCCUCUCCUCUCCUUACUCGACCAUGCCAGCAAACACAGCUUUCCUACCUAACCUCCUUUUACUUGAAAGCAUUACAUUACUUCUCACUAUGUCCUUUAGCCUUCUUGCUUUUCCUUGUCCUUUUCUUUCCCCCCUUGUCGGAGCUCGUCGGAUAUCAAAAUGAAACACAUUUCUUAAAAUUGUUCAAAAAUAAUAUUCUCUCUGAGGCGCGUGGCUUACCCCUUUCUUCAUAGAUAUAAUUCGAACCAUUUGCACACAAGGAGAAGGUUUGCAGGUUUGCAGGUACACGAAGUUUUGGGCGGUUACUUGUGUGAUCGAGAAACAGGAAGUGGGAAAAAUUAAAGCAAGAGCCUGGACGGGGCUCAAUCAGGGGAAAGAGAGCAACUAGCAGCUCUUUGCUUAGCAAGGCUGUAUGGCCCAGUUUACCCAGCUUCGCGUCGCAUACAUAUGAGAACGUGAAAAAACAAUAGACAUAGCAUAAUCAAAUGUUGGUUUGGCCAGAGAUGCUGCUCCUUCUUCUUUUCUGUUGACUGAAAACUUUUUCAAAACUUUUGUUUGCUCUCUGGAGUGAACGUACACAUAUUGCUGUGGACAUUUCCGAGGCAGCAAAAAGCAUAAACCCUGUGCAACUAUGACAAAGUAUGAGCAAACAAACGUUUCUUGCAAAAUAUCCACCCAUAACAACCAAACAAAGGAUUACGUAUUCGGCCAGAAAGAGGUAUAAGGAAGUAUCGAAACCUAUGGCAUGCUUGCCCAAAAGGUACGAAUUUUGAUAAGUUUUAACUAACCACGAAGUGGGGAAACAAUAAAAGAAAGAGCUACCAAUCCAGAUUCUGAUAGCCAAGCUCGGAGGAGAACUCGUCGGGGUAGUGCACGGUACCAUUAUCAUUUUCUUCACGGAAAAGGUCAUCCUGGCUUGGGGAAUUCGGAUCGACGGCAGAGAGUGACUCGGAUAAUAUGGGCACAGAACCAGUGGCAAACUGGACAGCUUGAGAGCUACCAGCAUGAAAUACACCUUGACCUUGCGAAACAGGGCUGUAACGAUGGCCUAUCUGUCGAUGGCCUGAAUCCUGGGGAAUUACUUCAGCUGGUGGUAUAUUCUCGUUUGCCAAAACGUCAUUACCUUCCACACCCCAGCUUGCGCAGUUAGCAGCCAAGUUGUGCGCCAAGGAUCGGAUGUCAUCAUCCUCGAAAUCAAUAGGAUCAACAAAUAUCGUGCCAGGAACAGAAAACAUAUGAGAAGAAGAACGGCUUGGAAGAGCAAAACUGGGCUGGUCUGCAGAAUGCCACCGGAUAUCUUUAUUGCAAGCGGAGAGGGCGUCGCUAGAAGCGGCCGAUAACAAGCUGGUGGUGGUGGUGGAGGCACCGUCGAUCUCAAUAGGAUGGGGAGCAUAAAUCUCUCUGCUCAGAAGUAUAUCGGUUCCAUCGCCCGGUUUCCCUAUUCUUUCAUUUUUAAUAUUAGAGAAGUGUUAGACCUCAAAGAUCAUACUUACAGUCUUGCCGGUUGCCAAGGUCUUCUUCAUCUUUUUCCUGCAUGGUUGCGCCAAGUGACCGCGGAUCGCGUCCACAGGUGAUGAUAUUAUCGUCGUCACCCAUAUCAGCGUUAUUAUCACUGCUCCCUGAAUCUUGAUAUUCUUCAUCUCCAUUUCCAUAAUCUUCUUCAGAUCCUUCAGAAUUGUCGUCUUCUUGCUCCUCUUGGCUCAGUUCAGUCUCUCCAUCAUGGUUGGUCUGGUCUGUGCUAGUACUAUCGCUUCGAUCGGGGGACUCUCCGUUAGAUUCUGAAUCGGCAAAUUGCGAAUGACUAGUCCGAGAGACAGGGUACGUAUUCGAGGCUGGUGUCCCACUGCCCGACCAUACGAGAUAGUCAUUGUCUGCUGCUGGAGUGUGGUAGGGAUGGACUUGACUGCUGUCAGGGGCAGGCCUUUUCCUAGGCAACUCCUCUUCAUCUUGGUUCUGUUCAUUCUCCAGUCUGGUUUGCUCUCGUUUCCUGCUUGCUCUCUCAUUUCUCUCUAUCACCGCAGCCAAAUAUGCGGAUGGCGGAUCACCAAAUACUGCCCGACGGUUGCGUGACAUGUACUCGAAAGGUGGUAAUGGGGGCGAUUCACUGAGGCGUCGUUUUCUGCCCAUCUUGAGGAUAUUCAAAUGGAUCCUAUGUCUUCGUAAGGUAUGUAGAAAAGCUGUACUCUCCAAAAGCUAAAGCGGGCUUGUUCUCCAAGUGGAUAUUCCAGAUAUAUUCAGCACAUUCGUAUUGUGUUGUGUUGUGUUGUG